UUCUGUACAAGAAAACCCGAUUUCUCUGUUAAAAUCAAGUUUAUCAAUCCGAACGGUUUCGUAUGCAAAUAUACAACCAAUCAAUCUAAUGGGUCCGCCGAAGAAAGUGUCAAAAAAGGACCGCUUGUCGGCUGGUCCCAGUGGUUCCGGGUCCGGAGCUUCCGGGGAUCAAAAAUGGAGCAAAAAACGUCGUCCGGAGGAUGAAGCAUAUUCGGCACUGGCUAGUGGCAACAUCGACGACGACGAAAGUACCAUGGAUGGGGAGUUCGUACCGGAUGCAGCGACAAAAAACGCUGAGAAGAUUGAUGACGCCAUACAAGAGGAUGAAUACGGAGCAAAGGAUUAUCGGUCGCAGAUGGAACUGAAACCGGACAAUACGUCCCGACCGCUUUGGGUUGCCCCCAAUGGGCACAUAUUUCUGGAAUCCUUUUCUCCGGUAUACAAACAUGCGCAUGAUUUUUUGAUUGCAAUUUCUGAACCUGUUUGUCGUCCAGAGCACAUUCAUGAAUAUAAACUGACGGCGUACAGUUUGUAUGCAGCAGUUUCAGUGGGCUUACAGACGCACGAUAUCAUCGAGUACUUAAAACGUUUAAGCAAAUGUACCGUUCCAGAAGGUAUUCAAGAGUUUAUUCGCCUUUGUACUCUCUCGUAUGGCAAGGUUAAGCUGGUGCUCAAACAUAAUAAGUACUUUGUCGAGAGUCCGCAUCCAGAGGUGUUGCAGAAACUGUUGAAAGAUCCGGUUAUUCAAUCUUGUCGCUUGCGUCGCACAAACGAAGAAGGAGAUGGGUUCAUAACACAAACUGUAGAAACAAAGGGUAUCACUGCGUUUGGAAUGACUAAAAUCGGACCGACCACUACUACAGGUACAGGUACAACUACCGAAGCAGAGAAACCCGCCGAGGCUGGGGCUACAACAGCAGUUCCAGAAGAUAUCACAAAUUUUUAUGAUAAAAUGGACAACGAGGAAGAUGAGGAGGAGGCCAAUUUCAACACCGUGUCGUUUGAGGUUAACCAGGAAAAGAUUGAAGUGCUGCAGAAGCGGUGUAUUGAAAUUGAGUUUCCUUUGCUUGCGGAGUAUGAUUUCCGUAAUGAUACGAUUAACGCGGAUAUAAAUAUUGAUCUGAAGCCAGCAGCUGUGCUGCGUCCUUAUCAGGAAAAAAGUCUUCGUAAAAUGUUCGGCAAUGGCCGAGCUCGUUCUGGCGUAAUUGUUCUUCCUUGCGGCGCCGGAAAAUCACUGGUUGGAGUAACGGCAUGCUGCACGGUACGUAAGCGUGCGUUAGUUCUUUGCAAUAGUGGAGUUUCCGUCGAGCAGUGGAAACAGCAGUUCAAAAUGUGGUCCACAGCAGACGAUAGCAUGAUCUGCCGAUUUACAUCCGAAGCAAAGGACAAACCUAUGGGGUGUGGAAUUUUAGUGACGACUUAUUCUAUGAUAACACACACCCAAAAGCGUUCCUGGGAAGCCGAGCAAACCAUGCGUUGGUUACAGGAACAGGAAUGGGGAAUCAUGGUCCUGGAUGAGGUACACACUAUUCCAGCCAAAAUGUUUCGACGUGUUUUAACGAUCGUCCAGUCUCACUGCAAGCUUGGACUAACGGCUACCCUGCUUAGAGAGGACGACAAAAUUGCAGAUUUGAAUUUCCUUAUUGGUCCAAAACUAUACGAAGCCAACUGGUUGGAGUUGCAAAAGCGGGGUUAUAUCGCACGUGUCCAGUGCGCGGAGGUUUGGUGCCCGAUGGCUCCGGAGUUUUAUCGAGAGUACCUCGUAACAAAAACAUCCAAAAAGAUGCUGCUCUACGUAAUGAAUCCAGCCAAGUUCCGUGCUUGCCAGUAUCUCAUUCGUUAUCAUGAGAAGCGCGGCGACAAGACGAUCGUUUUCAGCGACAACGUUUUCGCUCUCAAGCAUUACGCUAUAAAAAUGAACAAACCUUACAUCUAUGGACCAACAUCGCAAAGCGAACGGAUUCAAAUUCUGCAGAACUUUAAGUUCAACCCGAAGGUCAACACUAUCUUCGUAAGCAAAGUGGCGGACACCAGUUUCGAUUUGCCGGAAGCUAACGUGUUGAUUCAAAUUUCCUCGCACGGUGGUUCCCGGAGACAGGAGGCCCAGCGUCUCGGUCGUAUUUUACGUGCCAAAAAGGGAGCGAUCGCUGAAGAGUACAAUGCCUUUUUCUACACACUCGUUUCUCAAGACACCCUGGAGAUGGGUUACUCGCGCAAGCGGCAGCGAUUUCUGGUUAAUCAGGGCUACAGUUAUAAAGUAAUCACACAUCUGGCGGGCAUGGAUAGUGAUACGGAUUUGUUCUAUAAAACCCGCGAAGAGCAGGGACAGCUGUUGCAGCAGGUACUUUCCGCAUCCGAUAUGGAUUGUGAAGACGAACGGAUUCCUGGAGAGGGAGGUGGUGCACCAAGGCCGGGAGCCUCCAAGCGAACCGGAGGACUUAGCUCGAUGUCCGGCGCUGAUGACGCUAUCUAUUUGGAGUUCCGCAGAAAGAAAGAACAUCUGCAUCCGCUGUUCAAGAAGUUUAGAGGAUAGGCGAAAUACUUACAAAUACU